AUGGCCUUUGACUGCUACUGUGCCAUUUGUGGUGUUGGGUUCUGUGGCAUGCACAUUGAACCCCCGUCGGAGGAGGCGCUGGAACGCCGCCGCCGAUGGAUCGAGAAGCGUUGUCGGGCCCUCCAGGCUGGGGAAAACCUUGCCCAGCUGCCACGCGAUAGCGAAGAAGACGCGAAUCCUGUUCGCAGUUAUGACCCUCGCAUUGUUGCGUGGGAGAACAUCUCCUGGCUCUACAAAGCACAUUGUCUCGGUAUGAACCAGAACGCUACUAUGGGCUCGGCCAAGGCAUUUCUCUCGGAUGAAGGAUAUUACGCAGAUGUUGGGGAGCUGGUUGUUAAGACUGGUUCCAACUCGAGCCGAUCCAGCCAGAAAGUCUACUCGUGCUAUGGCCAAGGCUCGGACGAGGCGCCGGGUCCCGUCCUUCCCUUUCACUGGUGCUGCUUCGAAAUUCUCACCCACGCCCUUACCGGCUCCAAGGACACCAAGAAGGUUAACCUGGACGUUCUCUACAAUGUCAUGAGUCCUCUUUGCAACAUGAAGAGCUCCGCGUUGGAUUUGAGCUAUGGAGAGGAUAUUCAGCGCGCUCAAGGGCGCUAUUGGGAGUGUAUCCCAGGCGUAGAGUACUGCGCAACCCACCCGACGGACACCCCCGCACUCCCUGCAUAUAUCCAAACAAACAUGGAAUCGAACAGCAAGCUCAAAAUCGCCUCUGCUGAGAUUGACCUUCGUGAACGAUGCCCCGCCAGUCCGUUCGGCAAACUUCCACUCGAGCUCGUACAUCAGAUUUGCAUGUUCCUCCCUGGCGACGACUUGAAAUCUCUUGCUCAGGCCUCUUUGAGCGUUCACCUCGUUACUCAAGACAAUCUUUUCUGGAAGAAAUUCAUGCAGUGGGAUAUGCCUUGGUUCUGGGAGCUGCAGGCCAGCAAGGGACAAAAGUUGAACGACGAGGUCAACUACAAGCAGCUGUAUCUUUGGCUGGACAAAUUGACCACCGCGCGGUACGGAAUGGAUGAUGCGAACCUCAUUGGGGUCGCAAACCGUCGACGAAUCUGGGGCGUGUGCGAGGAGCUUGCAGAUCGGUACCACAAGGGCUUGGCUCAAGCCUCUGCCGUCCCCAUCGCAUGUGCCAGUGGCUGA